UGUCCUGUGUGACAUCAUCAUCCAGAGACCAGGAAGUUGGAGAGAAUGACAGGAGGGAGAAAGCUGCUUCUGUGUAUGUGAAUGAGGGGCUUGACAAGCACUGACAGUGCUUGUGUUUUUUUUUUUUAGAGGAUGUUUCUUUUUUUUCUUGUUGGUUUGCUAGUCCAUCUGGUGUUUUUUGGCUCAAUUUUUGACAUCUACUUCACAUCUCCGCUGGUCCAUGGAAUGACCCCACAACGCACUUUGCUGCCAUCUCCGGCAAAACGUCUAGUGCUAUUUGUGGCUGAUGGCUUGCGAGCUGACACUUUUUUUCAUUUGGAUGAAAAUUAUAUUUCUCGGGCUCCCUAUCUCAGAGAAAUAAUCCAGACAAGGGGUAGCUGGGGUGUGUCUCACACUCGAGUUCCUACAGAGUCGAGACCUGGACAUGUUGCCUUGAUAGCAGGCUUCUAUGAAGAUGUCAGUGCAAUUGCAAAAGGUUGGAAGGAAAACCCAGUUGAAUUUGAUUCUGUUUUUAAUGAAAGUACAUACACAUGGAGCUGGGGCAGCCCUGAUAUUUUACCUAUGUUUGCAAAAGGUGCCAGUGGAAAUCAUAUAUUUACACAUUGUUACUCCGCAUCAAGUGAGGACUUUGCAUCUGAAGAUGCUACUGAACUGGACACUUGGGUAUUUGACAAUGUGAAGAAUUUCUUUAGGUCUGCCCAAAGCAACCAAACACUAUUCGAUAAACUAAAUGAAGAAGGAGUAGUGUUUUUCCUUCAUCUGCUUGGUCUAGAUACCAAUGGACAUGCUCAUAGGCCGGGUUCCAGUGAGUACAAAGAAAAUGUGAAAACCGUUGAUGAAGGUGUCAAAGAGAUGGUAACCCUGAUUGAAGACUUUUAUGGAUAUGAUGAUAAAACAUCUUUCAUCUUCACCUCUGACCACGGCAUGACAGACUGGGGUUCUCAUGGCGCAGGUCACCCUUCUGAGACUCUGACACCACUGGUUGCUUGGGGAGCUGGAAUACAUUAUCCACGGCAAAAUCAACUGCAACAUGAUAUAUUCUCAAAAGAAUGGAAUUUGGAAAGCUUUCAAAGAAUUGAUGUCAACCAGGCAGAUGUUGCUCCGCUCAUGGCAGCUCUAAUUGGAGUCCCUUAUCCUCUUAACUCAGUGGGUAUUUUGCCUGUGGAGUAUCUUAACAGCAGCAGUCAUUUUAAAGUGGAGAGUAUGCUUACGAAUGCGCUUCAGAUUCUGGAGCAGUUCAAGGUAAAGAUGGCACAGAAAAAGGAAACCACCCUGUCAUUCUUAUUUUCACCAUUUAGUUUGCUUUCAGAGUCUAAGCAACUUGACAUUUUGAGGAAAACAAGAUCUUACAUUCAGGGAGGAAAUUACAAAGAAGCGAUGGACCUCUGCAGGACUCUGAUGGACUUGGCUUUACGAGGACUCACCUAUUAUCAUACCUAUGACAGAUUCUUUCUUGGCAUUAGUGUUGUGAUGGGCUUCGCUGGCUGGAUUUCAUAUGUUAUUUUAAUAACCUUGAAAACAAAUUCUAGUAUAGUCCAGACGACUGUAAUCCAUGACGAGGCAACAUCACCUCUUGUGAAAUAUGGAUUUUCAACUCUGGCACUGUGCACAGUCUUGUUCCUGAUAAUCCAGUCAAGUCCAUGGACUUACUACAUAUAUUGCCUGUUACCCAUUAUUAUCUGGAAUGAAGCAUCAAAAGAAUUAUGGAUUCUUCAUCAGCUCAAAAUAUAUCUAAUCACAGUUUCAGCUUUUCGAGUGCUGGGAUUUAUCAUCGUUCUAGGCUUUGGAGUUUUACUGUUGGUUCUGAGCUUCUUUUAUCGUUCGGUACUUACUAUUGGACUUUUGGGUUUUGCUUGUUGGCCUCUGGUUACCAAGCUGUGGAGGCAAGCUAAGAUAACAACUGUGAGUUGGGUUCUCUUGUGCUUGCUGCUGGCAGUGUUUCCCCUGAUGCCUGUUGUUGGAAGGGAGCCCAACAUCACUCUGGUUACCUGCGCAGGACUUUUAGCACUUUUCAUUUCGCUGGCCUCCCUUGUGUCACUUUGGAGAAAUAAAGACAGAAAGGUAGAAGAGGGAGAUUUUGCAGUGCACAUCUGUCAGAUGUUGAGCCUUGCAGUUUCUAUAUGGAUUGUAAACACCACUCACUCCAGCCUAGCUGCCAAGCAAGGACUGCCACUGCUAAACCAGAUAUUGAGUUGGUCAAUACUAGUUUUCUCAUUGGUUGCACCAUUACUUAGUACCACGUUCCUGUUCCAGCGGCUCCUGAGCAUUUUUCUUUCUUUUAUGACCUCCUAUAUUCUCUUCAGCACAGGGUAUGAAGCCUUUUUCCCUGUGGCUCUUUCCUGCUUGAUGUUUGUGUGGAUAUUUCUGGAGCAAGAGGCAUUAGUAAAGCACAACCUUUCUUUCAAACAAAAGCUUAACAGUAUUGACUUCUCCUGCUGUGCAGAUAUAACUCAGUUUCGACAACUAAAUUUGGAUGACAUUCGAAGAGCCUUCUUUUUGGUGUUCUUCAUAGUUACAGCCUUUUUCGGUACUGGGAAUAUAGCAUCCAUUAACAGCUUUGACCCAGCAUCUGUGUAUUGUUUCCUCACUGUGUUUAAUCCAUUUGUGAUGGGAGCUUUAAUGAUGUGGAAGAUUAUUAUCCCCUUCAUUAUGGUGAUGUGUGCUUUUGAAACCGUACAGAUCUCAGCACAGAUUUCUUCAAAGAGUCUUUUUCUUAUCGUUCUUGUGAUAUCGGACAUAAUGUCUCUGCAUUUUUUCUUCUUGGUUAAAGACUACGGGAGCUGGCUGGAUAUUGGAACAAGCAUCAGUCAUUAUGUCAUUGUGAUGUCUAUGACUAUCUUCUUGAUGCUCCUGAGUGGAUUGGUUCAGUAUCUUACUACAAAGAAAAUAGAGACUGGGAAAAAUAGAAAACACCAUGCCUCCUGACACAGAGAAAAGAUUCUACUAAAUGUGUACAGUUCAUAAGUCAUGGUCACUGUUUACAUAUGCCUGUUUUACCUCAUAGUAUGGUAUUUCAUAACCAACUCUGGAUGGAAUGCUAUGUAUGGCACUACUUUGAUACUAAGUGCACCAUUCUACUAAUGAAGGCAAAUUACUCUGCACUUUCCAAACUCCUUGAAGUUAACCCAUUCGGCAUACAGUAUGGAAAAUGUAUCUACCCAUAGUUUUCUUGUAUGAAAUAUCUAAUUUACAGGUUACCCCCUUCCCCCUCCAAAAUAUAUGUUAGGGGAGACCUGUGAUGUUUAUUAAUGUCUACCCAAAGUAAAUUUGUUAUUAUCUAUUGGAUGUUUGUGUACUCUUAUCCUUCAGCCUCAAACAAAGAAUAUUGGAUUUCAUUGUCUCUCUCCUUUAUAGUGUCCAUCGCUACUCUUUAUUAGCGUUAGGGCAAAGAAAGAUAGUCAUUAUCUGUGUGCUAAAUUCUCCAAAGCUAUGUAAGUGUGAGUCUGACUCCUUUUUUGACUAUUUCUCAAAAAGUUGGGGGAAGAAAUUCAAUAGGAAUGUUAUGUCACUUAAAGAAAGGUAGGCUAAUUUACAAAUAAAUUUGAAUAAAUAACUUGGAUUAAAGCAAAAUAAAUACUCAGAGAAACAAAUCAGGUUAUUUGCGUAUGAAUCUAUUCCAGCAGUUUUUUUCUUUGUAAAUUAGUGACUGUUCAUGACUUUUCCACCAGUAAAAAUUGUGAAACUUGUUGAAGACCAGAAUCAUACAGAAAGUUGCCAUAGGAGAUACCGCUCUUCAUAGGAUUUGAAUUGGCUCAUUUUUUUUAAAGGGUAAUACCCAAAAAUUGUAAGCGUCCCACAAGCUAUUAUGUAGGUGAAAAAUAGGUGUUUAGGAAGGAAGGUUACAAUGCAGCCAAAUAGCAAAUCUUCACUUUGAUAAUAAGCAGCUGAUAUGAGAUUUGCACAGGCUGGCAUUCAUCUAAGAUUGUAAUAUCAGUUCUGGGUGAGUUUGCCUGUAAAUCGGGUGUUUGAUGGUGGUGGUUCUUCAAAAUAUUGUUCAUACUUUGUGUAUUUUUAAAUAAAACAAUAUUUAUAUAUUUUUUAAUUGAA